UAGAAGAAGAAGAAGCAGGGCACCGGCGAGAUUUUUAUUUCUCCAGAAGUUUUACGUAAAUCUUGAAAGUUAUUGAAACCUAGCCGCAGGAUGUCCCGCUCCCUGCAACGCUUAAUGGGCAGCUGUCGGCGCUGGGCACAGCAGCCAGCUAUCCGCCACUAUGCUGCUCCGGCAGAUGCAACAAAGGGGAAGGGUCCGAUCUCCUGGAGAAGCCUGGCCGUCAUUGGAGCACUUGGAGCCGGUGGGCUGGGCUUCAUGCUGUACGUGAAGAGUGAGAAGGACGAGGCGCGGCUAAAGGAACGCCAGCGACAGCUGGGAAAGGCGGCCAUUGGCGGCAGGUGGGAACUGGUGGACCCCCAGGGAGCGGUGCGCAAAUCGGAGGACUUCCUGGGCAAGUGGCUGCUUAUCUACUUCGGCUUUACCCACUGCCCAGACAUUUGUCCCGAUGAGCUGGAGAAGAUGGCCGCCGUUGUAGACGAAGUGGAAAAAUCACCCCAAGCACCGGCAGUUCAGCCCAUUUUUAUCACCGUGGACCCGGAGCGUGACUCCAAGGAGGUGGUGGCCAAAUACGUGAAGGAGUUCUCGCCCAAACUCCUGGGUCUCACUGGAACCGUCGACCAGAUCCGCAAUGUGUGCAAGGCCUUCCGGGUUUACUUCAGCGCCGGACCGCGAGACGAGGACAACGACUACAUCGUUGACCACACCAUCAUCAUGUACCUGGUCAAUCCAGACGGUGACUUUGUGGACUACUACGGUCAAAGUCGGGACAAGGACCAGUGUGUGGCCUCCAUUUUGGUGAACAUAGCCAAGUGGAACUCGCUAAACAGAAAGGGCUGGUUCAGCUAGGCUGUUUAUGCCUCAAAAAUGUUGAUUCGUUGUAUUUAUUUUUACGUAUAACGUACGCCUGUAGCAAUAAAGCAAAAAUUAUGGUAUA